CACUUAGUUGUUUAAAGUGCGGCGCAAGAAAGCGAGAAACCACUCUCGUAGAGACAGAGUGGUGAUUAUGCCAAGUUGGUAAACGCUUAGUCCUGUCAGGCAGUGGGUCACUUUGGAGCUAAUACUGGUGUUCUAUCGGCUUGCAGCGAUGAUUACAGUAACUUAUAUUUCAACUGGACAUACAAAAAUGUAAAUCUACUAAAGGUGGAAAAGGGCUUCUUCCUUAAACGCCCCGAACACAGAGUACUACAUGAAUGCUUUGUCAAAAGCUGCGUAUAUGAACUAUUCAAGCAUGGGAAAGUGAGAGUAAGACAGGGAACGCAUCUUUAAAAGACAACCAAAGUUCCAAGAACUUUCGUCUACGCAGCCGCCUAGUUUAAACUUUUUCGGACAAGUCAGAAAAACCUCCCCAACAAAUAUGUUUGAUUUGAUCAUCUACGUGGCAGUGCCGUGUGGAGUGGCUCUCCUCAUCAUCACUUCUAUCAUCAUCGCUGUCUGCAUCCAUGGAUGUCCUGCCUGGUGUCCCUGCAGUAGGAGAAAGGCUGGGGAAAAGGAUGUGGAAAAAGGUCUGGGGAAAAAGAAGCCAGCUGCCAAAAAGGCGGCGGGAGCAGUAAAGAAACCAACGAGACCUCCGAAAAAACCGACAGAUGAGAAAGCAGGCAAAAAGGCCAAGGAUGAAAAGACUAACAAAAAAAGUGAUAAGGAGGAGAAGCCCGCAAAGAAAGCUAAAGAGGAUAAAAAGGGGAAGAAGGAGAAAGACGAUAAACAGGGGAAGAAGGAGAAAGACGAUAAACAAGGGAAGAAGGAGAAAGACGAUAAACAGUGGAAGAAGGGGAAAGACGAUAAACAGGGGAAAAAGGAUAAAGAAGAUAAAAAGGCGAAGAAAGAAAAGGAAGCUCAAAAGCUCGGUGCUGCCAAGACUAAAGCGGUGGCCGUGAUGGCUUUCAAGAACAAACCCGCUUCCAAAUUGCCUGUGGGUGUGGGCCCCACGUCCGCAGCUAAGAUUGGCAUGAAGACGUCUGGUAUGGGAAUGUCUAAACCUGAGGCCAGAGAUGAUGUUCAAUAUUUCAUCACCUGCGCCAAUUUGGCGGCAGCGGACCCGCGCUUGCUGGGGUUUGAGUCUCUGGUAAAGCGAUCAUCUCCCCGUCUGUCUUGGAGAAGAAACGAUCUCGGAGAUAUCCUCACUGGCGCAGAUUACUUUGAUGGGGAGGAAUGGAACGGGAGUGGGGGAGUCUGA